UGUCCUCUUCACUCGCUCCUUCCUCUUCCUCCCGUCGCCACCUCUGUGCUCUGUUCCAUUCCAUAUCCGCAUGGCGGCGCCCGCUCUCCUCUCCGCGCCGCCCCCAAUGGAUGAGGACGGCAUCACCCCCCACGUCCGAUCAACCCCAACCCCGCCCCCGCCCCCGCCGGGGCGCGCUCUCCUGCGUGGGCGCCCGCCCAUCAGGGUCACAUCGGAGUUCGACAGCGAGCGCCAGCUCUUCUCCCAUCGCCUCUCCUGCCGCAUCCUCGACGGCCUCGCAAAGCUCCGGCUCCGCGUCCACCAUGGGGCCGCUGGAGGAGCCCUGCCUCCCGAGGUUGCGCUCAUGGCGCGGAACUUCUCCGUCGUCGUCGACACCGCCUCCCGCGGUGCCGUGCUGCGAGGCUCAACCGACUUGUCCGGCUCGCUGCGCCUUCGCGCGGCGCACAACACCAAGAAUUACCAGAAUGGAGAGCAAUCUUAUGUUCACAUCGGCUGUUCGACACACUCUUUGUCUAUGUCUUGUGACUAUGAGUACGACAAUUCCAUUGUUUCUUGCAUUCACAUGGAUAAGUACUUUCACUUGAAGUACGACAGUAGAAAGGAGGGACUAGGAGAAGUGGCAGUAACUACGAAUCUGGGAGAUUCACCAUGCAAGAUUGAGUUGUCAUCUUUGGUUCCACCUGAUGGAUUGCCAAGAGCAACCUUUGUAUUUCCCAAUGGCGAAGUUUCUUUUAAGGAGAAGAAAUUGGAUGAGGGUGAUAGAAUUUUAUCAGUAAAUGGUUUAGUGAAGUCUCAUAUUCUGAAUGGAGUUUGCACUGCAUUGUACAAUGAUAAUGUGAUGAAUAUUAAGUAUCGCUAUAAGGAUGAUGAGCUAUCAUUUAUUCCCAGCCUCACUUUACCGUCAAAUGCACUAUCAUUUGCAUUUAAGCGCCAGUUAACUCCUUCAGACAAGUUCAGUUACCGGUACAAUUUUGACACAAACUACUGGAGCGCUGUCUAUAAAGGAAAGGCCAGUAAGCAUGUCAAGUGGAAAGCAGGUUAUGAGUCAGACGAACGGCUUGGAUGGGCAUCUCUUUGGAUUGGGGACGCAGGUGGCAAGACAAAGGAGGCCCCCCUGAAGUCAAAAAUCCAGCUUAUGCUGAAAGUCCCCCAGGACAAUAUACAUAAUUCAAGUGUAAUGUUCCGGGUGAAGAAAAGAUGGGAUUUUUAGUUUGGAUAUUUAUUGUGUAACGUGCAGAGAAGGUGAAAAAUAAUAACAAAUGUGAAUGUGUGUUCAUUUUCAGCGCUAAAAUGGGUUAGCAAAUAAUGUGUUAUGUCUGCCCUCCUUGUGGCCAAUGAAAGGAAGCAUUUUUUU